ACCCUCUAUUCCUCUAUAAGAGUUGCUUGUAUUUUGGACCACAGGAAAACUUGGCAGCAGGACUGUUUGCUCUGAAGACUACUAAAAAGAACAUGCAGACUUUAAGAUCUUUCCAUUUCAUUUUUUUGAUGACCAUGACAGUAUAUGUAAUCCAGAUGACAUAUGCUUGUGAGGGCGAAGACUGUGACAAUGAUGCCCCAAGUUUGGAAAAUAGGAAUCAUGCUUUGAAAACCUUUAAUGUUCUCAAUCAACUUAAUUCUGAAAAGAGGAGGAACAAUCCACCCAAUGUUAUACCUUUCAUUGGGAUCACAGAUACAGGCAAAUUGAGCAAACACUGCUGCAAAAAUGGAGGAACUUGUUUCCUGGGAACUUUUUGUAUAUGCCCAAAACAUUUCAGUGGGAGAUACUGUGAAUAUGAUACAAGGAUUAGGAAUUGUGGUUCCCUCGGACACGGUGAGUGGUCUCAAGAAGAAUGCCAAUUAUGUCGCUGUAUUUAUGGGACUUUAGAAUGCCUGCCUAGUGUUCACAAGCAAGGAUGUGAGUCUGCUGGUUCCAGAUGACCUGGACAUUCAAAGAGAGCCUUUAGCUAUCCUGUAAAGGAGAAAUUACUUCAAUUCAAUCUAGAAACCAGAUCUGAAUGUGAACACAUUUCUACAGGACAUGAGACAUAUCUUUGGAAACCUUCAUUAUUUCCUCCCAUGACUGACAGGAUAAAUUGGAAGAAAGCUGGUUCUUUGUUCAACUGUUUUAUUUGACAGUUUGCACCACUCAGGAUAAGCAUACCCGUUUCUUAUGUUUGUGCCCUGAACAAUUACUUCAAAAGAUAUCAUUUGUAUAUUAUAAUGACAAAGCACAAUUUCUGAAACAUGUUCAGUGAUCAAAGAUUAGAUCCUGUUCAUUUCACAUCAGAAUUUGUAGAGAAACAAGUCUAGAAUACAUAAAUGCAUGAUGAUAGAGAAGAGCCAAUAGAUACUAUAUAUGUGCUUUCAUUACCUGCCCUAAGCUUGUUAGUCCCUUCCAGACUGUCAAAUGCAGCAGGAGCCCAGCGGUUUAAGCAAUUAAUCCAUGCCCUGUUUCUUUUCAAAUUCUAUUGCAUUAUGAAAGAAUUUUCUCUAUUAAGAUUUGGAGAGAGACCGUAGACAGAAUAUAUUGGCCAAAAUGAAUACAGGAUAUAUAUGGAAUUUGGGAUUAUCCAUCUAGGGCAUUCUAGGCAAUGUUAUAUUGACAUGAUCAUUAAGCUAUCAACUCUUGCAUGAACUUUGUAGUCUACAUUUUUGAUGUUUUAAUUACAGAGGGAUGGUUCUUCCAGUGGAAGAUGUUACAUCUACUACCAAAGUGGCAUCUGUAAAUAUGGAUUGAGAUGCAUAUAUAAUACUGUUUGUUAAUAGAUUAUGUUUGUGUGUGCAUGUAAUAUAUAUAUGUAUAUAUGUGUUUUAAAAUCUCUCACUGAAAUUGUAGAAAAUAUGUGAUAAUUAAGAUAGUUAUGCAUUAACUGAGAUUUAUUAUUACUAUCUUUUAUGUUUCAACUUUCCUGAUUAAACUGUAUUUGUAGAUAAACCCAAAA